AUGGAGGGCUCUUCCGGUAUGUACUAUAAUUACCAGCAAGUUACCAUCAAUCCGGAAAAACUGGCCAGGAGACUGCGCCGUGCGGUUUCGAAAGAAAAGUACCCUGCUCCAUGUAGACGGGCGAUCGACAGCUCCGGAUACCGCGAUCCCAUAUGUAGGUAUUCGCACAGGUCGGUCCAGGGCCCAGGCCAGACCAGCCUGACGACCGCAGCGGGGUCUCGCCGAUACCAAAACUCCGGUAGGGCCAUACGUGUCCACGUUCAUCCAGCCCCGAAAUCGAACGCUGCUAUGAGAGACCCGGAAUCGCAGCUGUGCAGUGGGUUCGGCAGCGGCUCCUUCAAUGAUGACGUGGGUGGGUACUCGCUUCUCCAACAAAGGUGGGGACAACGGUCGGACCUCGUGUGGCUGAACUUGACUGCAGUUGGCUUGCGGCUAGCAAUUCUGUGGAGAAUGGUUAGCCAGCAGUCCGCAGACCUGGAAGUGAAGGCGGAGGAAGAGGGGGAGGAGGAGCCCGCUUGGUUGAAGAGCAAGCAGCCUGCAGGUUGCGUGGCCACUCAGCGUCACGCCGCACGGCGACGACCAGAGUUGUGGUGCACGUGGGGGAUCGACCGGUGGUGA